UGCUUAUCGAGGUGCAGAGAAGACAGGAAGCGUCACCUGUAAUUCCCAGCACACAUUGUCAACCUCAUCGUCUUUGUAGUUUUUAUUGUUUUCAUGAGGUGAGACUGUUACAUUCACACCUUCCAUCAUCAGAGAUGUCCGUGACCGCCUCCUCCCAGUCUGGCCAGUUGAUCAGAGAGGUGAGCCCUCCUCCCUUCACCCCGCCAGUGUCCCUGUCCCGCCACAGGGCCCGGCCUCCAUACCCGUUCAGCCCAGAAGAGAGGGAGCGCCGUCCUUUUCAGCCACCCUGGGGGAGCGGUGUCUGCAGGUCUGCUUCUCCAGUCUCUCCGCGGCUCCUGGGUUUCUCUUUGUGGCGCUGUGUGUGCGCUAUGCCUGUGGGCCUCUGCUGGGCGUACGGGGCACAUCCGCUGCGCUCCCAGACCGCGGAGUGUGCCUUCCCUACACAGGCUCCUGGGGAGCAGAGCCCCCCACCCUCCCACCCCGGGAGCAUUCAGCCUCUUGUGAAGCACCUGGAAGGGCUGGGGGUUCGCUUUUUACUGCUAGUGGUUAUGGUAUCACUUUGUGUGUGAUGAUGAACUCAGACUUGUUUGUCUUUCUAGAAAUUCUCAUCAUUUCAGGGGUGUAUCCAGAGAGUAGUAACUUCAGAGGAUCUUCAAGUAUGUUUUGAUUGUCGGGUAAGAUGUGUGAGACGUAAAACCCCACCCGUGCUUGUCAUCGUGGCUUCUGUCGUUGCUGACACGUAGUGAGACCCUUUUGUCUUCGCUUUGCUCCCUCUCAUGCAAGGCGAGGGCCGUCACACUGGGUGGGUCCGUGCUCCUGUGGCCUUUAGGCGCGGUCCAACUGAAGGGCCCACUGGAGGCAAGGCCACGUCUUCUCUCUCGUUGGGACACCCAGCAUCCCCGGGAGGGCAGAGCCAGGCCGAGCCUUGCAGCCAUCUGUCCACUUCGGGGACAAAAGAGUGGUUGUGGGUAUGUUGGUCGCUUUGUUUUUGGUGUUGCUUUUUUUAACCAGAGGAAGGAAAUGAGCGCCUCACGAUCGAUCAGCUCCUUAAAGCUUUCACGUAGAUAAAGUGACAUCUGAUCACCUUUUAGGUGGCUUUGAAGUACCCUUUCCUCAUGCUUCCUGAGGGAAGCAGCUCUCCUUAAAUGCAUUUGCAUCAGCAAAGCCCUUAGCCGCCAAUUUUCCUUGUGGCUACAUUAUGGCUUUUCCAGCAGCUGCUGUGGUUUUUGAAUCGUUUGCUUUAGUAUUUUUGUUAUAAAUGAGUAUCUGCAUUCUAAAAUUCACACCCAUUGCCCCCCAAAUAAUUUUCUCCUGCUUGUCAUGUUGAUAGUAGUAGAAAAAAACGAAAAGAUAACAAAGUGCUUUUAGCAAUGAUACCUUAUGUGGUUACAGAUUGAUUUUUAUUCGUGCUUCCUUUUAACUAGUUUAUCAUAGUUAGAAAAUCUAGUCUGUUAAUGCCAUUAGCGAUGCUAGUUUUGGUGGUUGAGUUUUACUGGAUUCAUAUCAGAAAAGGGACGGUUUCCUCGGAAUUCAGGUGGGGAUUGUGCAGGGCUGCUGGCGAACACUGGGGGGAGGUGAGGGUGUGGGAGCCCACUUCUGUGGCACACAUAGACAGCCUGUGGAUCUGCAGAUUUUGUGUUUGGCUUUUUAUUGAAGCAGAAAUUGGCCUGGAGUGUUCUAGAAUUUGACUCUUUAAUGGAAACCCAGCGGCCGGUCCAGGUGACCUACCAGAGACUGUCUGAGUCUCCCUGCCGCCUCCCUGCCCUCGGCCCCCUCCCCGAACACCUGCCCCGCUCCAUCCUCCCUCUGCUGGUGUGCUGGAAUGGGGCUCACACUCUCCUCCACUCUUUUUCCUCCGCCACGUGUCAGUGUCCCCUGGGCUUCUCCUCUGCAGUCUGGAUCCUGCCUACUCCUCUCCCUGGUCCCUCAGACUCAGAACUCCCCGUGUUCUCUAAGGAAGCCUCCCUGCUCCUGCUCUGCCUGCCUGCCUGGGCCCUGCUGGAGUCACGGCCUCCUUCCGGGCCUCCCUUCCUGGUGUGUAGAUAGAGCCAACCUCAGAGACUUUGUCACAUGAUGGAGGAACAUUGUGGUUCUGCUGAGCUCCUGGCCUGGGGCAGCCACUCAGCACCAGCCCUUUCCUCUCUGAUUUCCUGCAUUUCUCUGAUUUUCCUUCUGCUUUUGUCCUGCAGAAGCGGGUUUUUUGCAGAGCGUCACCCUCUCCUCUUCCUCCGUGCUUGGGGAUCCUUCCUUGGGGAUCCUGGGAUGCCACAGAUGCGGCUCUGCCUGUUCUCAGCUGCUUUCCUGGUCUUCCUUGCCCACUGGAUGGGGACACUUUGAUUUCUCCCAGCAUGACCCCAAUCCCAUCCUUCUUUUUGUGGCCCAGUCGCUCAGGCUCCAAGCCCAGCAGCAGUCAUACCCGCUUCUCCCCGUACCUCCUGCUGCCUCCAGCCUAGUCCAUUGUUAAACAGCCCAUCCUGCCAUGCUGCCACCAUCCAGUUCAAGACCUUUUUGUCCACACACGGUUGUCACAGCCUCCUAACUGGUUCCUCUCUCCCGCCCCCCCGCCCUCCGUCUUCCAUGCUGUACCUUCUGCCAGGGGGUCAGUGGGACAGUUUCUCUUUGUCCCAUCGCUUUCCUCUUCAGAAGCCUUCACUUCCUCGCUGUCUUGCAGCCUCACUGUCAGUAGAAACACAGCCACAGAGUCAAUCUUCUGUUUUCUAGGAGCACGUUAAAUAAGUUAAAAAUAGGUGAAAUUCGGAUUUUGUUUUCUCUGUAUAGUCCAAAUAUUAUUUCAACAUUAGGCAAUAUGAAAUUACGAAUGAGAUAGUUUCCAUAGUUUUUCAAGUUUUCAGAACCCAGUGUCUAUUUUACACACACAGCACAUCUCACUUCAGAACACUUCAAGCUCCCAGGGCUUUAAGGUCAUGGCCCAAAGCCCCUUAGCCUGAGACUUCACCAUCCUGAGCCCUGGUUCCAGUGGCAGACCUCAUUCCCUGCAGCUCAGGGCUCCAGCCAAAACAGGUGCCACUCAUGUCCCCAGACUGACCCGGACUGCUCCGUCCCGAGCCGCUCUCCAUGUGGUCCUUCCUGUCCCAACUGUGCUCAGGAACUCUUCAGAAGGGCCCGGCUUCUACUGAGGGGUUUCCUCCCUGUGCGUGUCCAGAUCAGGGCCCCAUCGAUACUGGAGAAUCCAACAGGGUAGUCCCGUUCCUUAGCAUGGAGCGCUAAAAUUCUUUCCCUUUUUCACUAGACAUUUUCAGGAGCGAAAAUACACCUUUACGGUGUAGCGACCGGGCUUUGUUCUUUGUAUUUGUCGAAUAAAACGUUCCAGGUAUUUGUUUCUUAAUUUGAAAAAAAGGAGUAAAAUGCUUUCUCUUCUCUUCCUUUUUUGUUAAACCCAAACCAAAUAAUAACCAGAGCUGUUUAAAUUCAGGGACUCCGCUAGCUAGGCCUAGAGUGUGCCUCCCUCCCCGGCUGUGCGUCCCAGGUGGGUUCGUGUCCUGUUUCUGGGCACCGGCGGGCGUUGGCCCUAGCCUUAGUCGAUGCCUGUGGGUGGCACGGGAGACGGCACCCCACCCUGCCCGGUCUGUCCAACCUGCCCUGGUUCCCUUCUUUCCCUCGGAUGCCCGGGGCUGGGUUCGCUGCCUGUCCCUGCUCCCAGUCUCCCACUGCACCUGGCAGCCUGCAGCCAGCCCUCACCGCCGGACAGAGUCCCGCCAGGCCCUCCUGCUCCUGCCGGAAAUGGAAGUCGCUGUGACCUCCUCCCCAUCGGCACCGUGUCUCCUCUCCUUGCUCUGUUUUUCUCCACAGCACUCGGCACCAUCAGAUCUUGCGGGUCUCACGGUCUUCCCCUCCCACUCGGAUGUAAAUGCCACACAGGAAGGAAUGUCCGUCUGUUUUAAUCGGCGCUGUGUCCGUGCCCGGCAUGAAUGCAUUCAGUGAAGAAGAAGAGGGUGGUGAAUGAAUGAGUGAGUGAACGAGCGAGCGAAUGAACGGAGACUAAUAGACAAGUCACGCGUAACCUGUGUCAAAUGGGUUCCCGGUUCGGAAAGCCUUUUCCUAGUAGCCCACGCCAGUGGGAACAUGUACUUGUAUAAUGUGGAGCACACUUGUGGUACCACAGCCCCCCACUACCAGCUUCUGAAGCAGGGCGAGAGCUUUGCCGUGCACACUUGCAAGAGCAAAUCCACGAGGAACCCUCUCCUUAAGUGGACGGUGGGCGAGGGGGCCCUCAACGAGUUUGCUUUCUCCCCAGACGGCAAGUUCUUGGCGUGUGUGAGCCAGGACGGGUUCCUGCGGGUGUUCAACUUCGACUCGGUGGAGUUGCACGGCACAAUGAAGAGCUACUUCGGGGGCCUGCUGUGUGUGUGCUGGAGCCCGGACGGCAAGUACAUCGUGACGGGGGGCGAGGACGACCUGGUGACGGUCUGGUCUUUCGUAGACUGCCGAGUGAUAGCUAGAGGCCACGGGCACAAAUCCUGGGUCAGUGUUGUGGCGUUUGACCCCUAUACCACUAGCGUGGAAGAGAGCGACCCCAUGGAGUUUAGUGGCAGCGACGAGGACUUCCAGGACCUCCUCCAUUUCGGCAGAGAUCGAGCCAAUAGCACGCAGUCCAGGCUGUCGAAACGGAACUCGGCCGAGAGCCGCCCCGUCAGCGUCACGUACCGGUUCGGCUCCGUGGGCCAGGACACGCAGCUCUGCCUCUGGGACCUCACGGAAGACAUCCUUUUCCCCCACCAGCCGCUCUCGAGAGCAAGGACACACACAAAUGUCAUGAACGCCACGAGCCCUCCCGCCGGCAGCACUGGGAACAGCGUCACGACGCCCGGCAACUCCGCGCCCCCGCCCCUGCCCCGCUCCAACAGCCUCCCGCAUUCCACCGUCUCCAGCGCCGGCAGCAAGAGCAGCGUGGCCGACGGGGCCAUCGCUUCUGGGGUCAGCAAAUUCGCGACACUCUCCCUGCACGACCGGAAGGACAGGCACCACGAGAAAGACCACAAGCGAAACCAUAGCAUGGGACACAUUUCCAGCAAGAGCAGCGACAAACUGAACCUGGUUACUAAAACCAAAACGGACCCCGCUAAAACCCUGGGGACGCCCCUGUGUCCUCGGAUGGAAGACGUUCCCUUGUUAGAGCCGCUCAUCUGUAAAAAGAUAGCACACGAAAGACUGACUGUGUUAAUUUUUCUUGAAGACUGUCUAGUCACUGCUUGUCAGGAGGGAUUUAUUUGCACAUGGGGAAGGCCUGGUAAAGUGGGCUUAUUGUCAUCCCAAAACCAGGCCAGCUCUCCAGGUGGAACUGUAGUAUAGUGACCCACGCGGUCCUGAGGGAGCGACGGACGGAGGCGGGAGCCCCGGGCGCGGACACUCGCGGAGGCAGCUGUCACCCGGAGUCGUGGGAAGACCCUCGGGGCCCGCUCGAAACCGCCUUCUCUGCCACUCACCCAAAGAAGCCGUUGCCAUUUUUAAAUCGUUCUUGUGGGGCUGCAGUAAAAAAUAAGAAAUGGGAUUUUCUUGCUUUUUACUCAAAAGUUCAAUGUAAUUAAAAUCUCAUAUAUAUA